AUAUGGGUAAUGAGACUGUUAGUAUCAUGGAAACUGAGUCUAUAAAGUCUGAGAAUAGUUCAAGAUCUAGGCGCUCUAGGAGUCAUAGGGAUAGGAAUAACUUCAGACAACACUCCCAUCGAAGCACAAGAAGCAGUAAAUCGCGAAAGAACGAAGACAUGGCUCCAUUUCAGACAGCAGUCACUUUAACACCUGACAAUAGAGACGGUCAGGAAGUUAUCGAGGUACAGAUCCUACCGCAGGAUGAUAACUGGGGAGAAAAUACAACUGCAAUAACAGGAAAUACAUCAGAACAAUCCCAGUCUACGGAAGAUGUAAGCAAUUGGCCCGGGGAGCCAGAUACAGGGAUAGGAUUCAUGUGUCAACGCUAUGUGGGUGCUUUAAUAAUGUACAUUCUUUCUACUGUGGCUUUUUUAAGUCCUCUGGGUAUGGUGGUUUUUCCCAAGCUGGGUUUCUUUCCUGCUCUGUCAAAUCGUUUAGGUCUAGCAGAAGGAGACCGCUUACUUGCUUGUGGUGCUGAAUGCAAAGGUCAGCUAGUUUCUUUAGCAUUUAAGUUGAUUAUUUUGGCUAUAGGUGCUUGGGCCGUAUUCCUUAGAAAACCCCAAGCGACUUUACCAAGAUUUUUCCUCUUUCGAGCUGGAGUUAUGCUAUUUGUCCUUAUCUGUUUAUUUGCCUAUUGGCUAUUUUAUAUCGUGCAAGUUACUGAGACCGCUAGAGCUGCUACUACUCCCGAGGAAACUGUCGAUUACAAGGCUCUUGUAGCGUACGCGUCAAAUUUAACAGAUACGUUACUAUUCAUACAUUACUUGGCGGUUGUGUUAGUAGAAAUACGGCAUCUACAACCGUUCUACUAUAUUAAAGUAGUUCGCAGUCCAGAUGGAGCAAGCAAAGCAUACGGAAUAGGACAACUUAGCAUUCAAAGAGCCGCUGUUUGGGUACUCGAGAAGUAUUAUACAGAAUUUCCCAUCUACAACCCCUACUUGGAACGGAUCCCCGUGUCAAAAUCUCGUAAAACAUCGACAAGCUUUAAAUUUUACGAUGUAGAUGGUACGAAUAAUACACAAAUUCAGCAGUCGCAAUCGCGCGCUAUGCUUGCAGCGCAUGCUCGAAGAAGAGAUUCUAGCCAUAAUGAAAGAUUUUAUGAAGAGCAUGAAUACGAACGACGAGUUAAGAAGCGGAGAGCACGUUUGGUUACCGCUGCGGAAGAAGCUUUUACGCACAUCAAGAGACUCCACCAUGAUCAGAUUUCUUCAAUACCUAUGGAUCCUCACGAAGCAGCUCAAGCAAUUUUCCCAUCUAUGGCAAGAGCCUUGCAAAAAUAUUUGCGCAUUACUAGACAACAGCCACGCCAUUCAGUCGAUUCAAUUUUAACUCAUUUGGCCACAUGUUUAAGCAACGAUUUAACACCUAAAGCCUUUUUGGAACCAUUUUUAGUCAGCGACCCAGUGCUUCAAAACGACAAGGAACAAAAAGCUGUUCAGACAUGGGCUUUGAUUUGUGAAGAGCUGCUUACAAGACCCAUAGCUGACGGUGUUCUAUUUCAACUCCGUCAAAACGAUGUGUCCUUAUUAUGUGUCAUUAAAAAGUUGCCUCAUUUUAAUAUCACGGAAGAAGUUGUCGAUCCAAAGAGUAAUAAGUUUGUAUUGAGGUUGAACUCGGAGACAUCUGUAUGACCUUUGUAUACAUCCCUUGACCGACUGAUUUAAUUUUCACAUAUCGCGUUUCUCGGGCUCUGCAGGGAAUCUGGUUGAACUGAUUCUGAUUAUUUUAAAAUAUUUGUAAUUAGGUCAACUAAAUAUGCUGCAGUAUGCAAUAUUAAAGAUAUCGUAUGUGCCUGGAAAGAAAUAUGGAAAAUUCGAUAAUUUCUUAUUUUUAUUAACUGAGGUUUAAUUUAGUUUAAGUUGUAUAGUUCCCAGUGAGAUUAUGAGUUUAUUAUCUUGUUUAAUUGUAGAUUCUAGAUAUAUAUUUUUAAUUUUAUAUGUAUCAUAUUAUUAUACUGGAAGUUUGGUUUCAUAGAACGGUAGAUAUGAAUAUAUCAUAUCUAUAUCAGAGUCAUAUCUUAAUGGUAAGAAAAAUAGGUCUUGGUACGUACAUACUCGAUAGCACUAAGAAUAAGGUAUUAAUAAGAAACCAGAAAAUUGGUAGCUGUGUAGGUAGUAAAUUGAUUAAUGGCGUUUGACGCAGUAUAAAAAGUAUAGAUAUGACCUAUGAUCCAAACUUGUUUCAAAUAGCUUAUUUUGAACUUUGGUCAAGGAGUACAAUAUAGUGUUUUUAGGCACGUCUAAGAAUAUACAUUUUAGAGUAGCUAAUGCGUAUCAAAUUUUCAAGAAACGGUUUUUUAGUAAUUAUGUUGUAUUUCACUAGUUGUAUGUCAAACCCCUGUAAAUUCGAACAAGCUUUUUCUUACUUGAUCUAAACUACCAUAUAGUGUAAACUCACAGCAAAUUACUAUUGUACUAUCUUGUAUACAGUGUUACAAAAGGGGUAUUUAAAAACCUAAAAGGACAUUUUCUCCGAAAUAUUUCAUAAUACAGUAAAAAAAACUACAGAUAUACGCCUUGGUAUUUUGGCUGUUUGAUUUUCUUUAACCCGUUUAUUUGUUGACUUUCUCUAUUUGUUGUCCUUUUAAGUGUCCAUCGUAGGGAUCUCAUGUUUGGUUUUACCGAUGUUUUUUCCGACUUUCUUAUUAAGUCUGACGACAUUUCGAUUAGUUCUUCCUUUGUACUGCUGAUUAAAACUAUGUCGUCGGCGAAAUGUAAAUUGUUCAGAUAGCUAUCGUCCACGCGCAGGCCCUUUUUGUCCCAAUCUAGUCCUCUGAAUACGUCCUCCAAUUCAAAAGUAAAUAACUUAAGGGAUAUGUCUCCUUUUGGGACGCCUUUGUUAAUUGCUAUUCGAUUGGUUGUUACAUCUUCUUGCACUUUAACUGUGAUGAUCGCCUCCUUGUAUAUGUUUUUUAAAUAGAUGGGGCAAUAAGUUUAUUGGGCGAAAGUUGCUGAGAUUUAAUUUUUCUCCCUUUUUGUGUAACAAGAUGACUUGGGCAUUUUACCAUGUUUUUUGACUAUUUCGUCACUUUAAUAUUUUACGUCGCUGUCUUUCUUUUUGAUUUGAUAAAUUGAUGCUUACUCUUAUAUUUUUAUUGUUUUCUAUUACGGAGUAAUAUUAUGUUGUUGUGAUCCCUUAGGUCUCUUUUUAUACUCCUUCCUUUUAACUUUUAUGUUAAGUUUCGAUAACUGGGGUCACUUCUAUUGAUUUGGUUUUUCCCUUGAUUUUGCUUGUAAUUUUCCUUUGAUAAGUGUCAACAUUUUGUUAAAGUUCCAGAAUUUUUUUUUCUUUCCGUUCCAAGGUAAUUUCGAUUUUUGCUCUUACCACUGUAUGGUCACUGCCUGUAUUGAGUCUAUUUAAUGCUGAAACAGCGGUUAUUAUGUAAAGGGUUUUCCAUUUUCAGCGCUCUAUCUUUGAAUGAAAAUAAAACAAAUUAUGAAAAUGAUAUUAAAGUCCAGUGCAACGAUAUAUUAGAAUGGUCACCCGUCAAAACACCAGCAUUCCACCUGCCAAACAAUGUCAUCCACCUUCUAUUUACAUUGUUUGAGAAGUAAAAUGCUGGUGUUUUGACGGGUGACCAUUCUAAUAUAUCGUUGUACUGGACUUUACAAUGCCUUUCUUUUUAUUUUAAAGCAUAUUUGAUGACAUUAAGUUUUAAAAAUUAUAUUAGCCAAAUGACUGCUGAGGUUUUUCGGCAUAUACUCAAGAUUUGACCUAGCCCCACAAAAAGAAAUCCAAGCGAGUUAAAUCUCAGGACCUAGGUGGCCAGUUGAUUUCGGCACCUCGCGAUAUAACGGAAUCAUCCGAAUAUUUCACGUACUAAAUUUAUUAUCUCGCGUGCAGUAUGGCACGUAGCGCCAUCCUGUUGAAACCACCUGUUUUGCAGAUUCAUCCCAUCCAAUUUUGGUAAAAAAAAAAUUAGUUAUUAUCAGGCACCGAUAUCGAUCACCGUUUACAGUAAGUUCGACCUCUUCUGCGUUUUCAAAAAAAUAAGGACUGAUUAUUCCGCCGGGCCAAAAAGGCGCACGGGAUAGAGUGCAAUGGAACCUGAUGAAUGUCCCGUGGGUUUUCAUCGUCCAAUAUCCGACAAUUUUGCUUAUUAACAAAACCAGUUAACCAAAAUGGGUCACUCGUCAGAAAAGAUGAUUUUUUUGCCCAAAUGCAGGAUCCGCGUUUAACUGCGCUAGAAUACAGUCAGCAAAUAUGUGGAAUUGUCUGUGGUCAUUGGGUUUCAGUUCUUGAGUCAAUUGCACUUUGUACGGGUGAAGAUCCAAAUAUUUUCUAGUGGUCUUGUGUUCCGAUUAUGUAUUGCUUGGUCUACCACCGAUCCGGUUUUUUCGAAUUUCGUUAUUAGAUGACUGUAAGAAUUGUUGACUCUGCAGGACGAUCGUGAAUACCAUAAAUUAAACGCAGUGCAAAGUUGGAAGCAGAACAGAACAGAACUGAACACUGAUUUUGAUAAUAAGUUUUAACAACUUCUACGCGUUGUUCAAUCGUGCCAUAGUAAAAUGUUCCAUAAUGUAAAAUGUCGCUACUAACUGAAUACUCUGCCGAAAUUUAACGGCUGUAUCAUUCUUGCCUUGGUUAUGCGCUGUUUUCAAACAUCGAUUAAAAAUGGAAAACCCUUUACUCUGUAUUCGUUAUUAUAAAGUCAAUUUACAGAUUUAAAGAAAGGGGUUUUCAUGCUAACGAAUUUUUGCCCCCUCCAGAUUCCAAGAGGCUGACCUUUUGAGAUGUGAGAUUUUUGUUUAUCCACCCGUUCCGUUUUUUUUUUGUAAUUUGCCAUAGGAGGAUAAUUUAGCCUUAAGUCUUCCGCGCUGGCCAGACUAGUUGGAAAAUUGAAAUUUUCAGCCGCUUCUAACCUGGAGAUCAGACGCUAUGGAGUAUCGCUCUUGAUCUGGAGAUCCGACGUGUCCUGUGCCAGUUUUGGUUCGUUCCGGCUAUUUGAUUUCUGCGGUACUACGUAUCUAAGAAGAAUUCCUCUAUCCGCCACUUUGAGAGGCGUUUAUUAAUCCUAUAACAAUUUCCGAUUAUACUGAAAGAUUAUCGGCGAAGGUAUGCAUCUAGAAUACUGAUCCCAUUAUUACUUAAUAGAAUGAGGGAAUGAUGUAACUUUUUUGGGCAAAGAUGCUCCAAGACAUUUUACUAUUUUUCUGGGCAUAUCUGCAAAAGGGUUCUUUCCAAAUACUGGUUUACAUAUGAAUAUUUGAGUAAUCCCAGGAAACAUGUAGAGCAUCACGCAGCUAUUGUAACUUCAUUGCAUAUUUUGGAAGCAUUCUAACACUCAAAGCAAAGAAACUAUAAUGUAAUUGCUGAUGUAUAGGGCUAGGCGUUAUCUUGUUGAAAUCUAACAUUAUCCGGUCCUUAACUAUACGGUAUAACAAACUGCACCGCAACUUUGCUAAUGAAUCAUUGAGCAUUCAAUUGUCUUUGAAAAAUUCCAAAAGAUUUCUACUACCUAGGCUCUAAAGCUGAUACCGAUGCUCCCCUGGUAAGGGCAGAUUCUCGUUAAACCGCAAAUUUUAAAAAGCAUACUGCGGCAUUUCCUUUUUCAGAACGCCCGGAACGCCCGGCUCUUCCAAAGAGUGUUUUACGCACCAAUUUAUUUUUCUUUAAUUAUUUCUAAUAUUCAUUAAACAUUGUCAAUUCCAUCCCGAUUCUAUAAGGGCAAUUACGGCACGGCUUUCCGGCGGCCACGUUCUCUCAGUUUAUAAUGGGUGAUUCAUUUAAACCUUUUUUUUUCAUUCUAAAUAAAAUCCAUAAAAAGGAAUUGGAUGGCAGAAUUUUUAUUAUAAGUUGAAAGAAGAAUUUUUGACAUUUAUUUGUUGAGAAUAAUUUUAUUUAAAUGCUGGUUACGCCGUACGUGGUCGAUUCGGUAGGUCCAGUUUUCGAGCACUCCCUCUAGCAUUGUUACCGGUGUCUGCCGAAUUACUCCAGUAAUGUUGGCUUUUAGGUCUUGAAUCGUGGCUGGCUUAUCGACAAAGAACUUUUAUUUAACAAUACCAGAGAAAAAAAUCUAAGGGUGUGAUAUAACACGAUCUACGCGACUAGUUGACAGGUCCGAAACGCGAAAUUAUCUGUUCGCCAAAAUGAUUUCUCAAUAAAGCUAUUCUGUAAUGACUUCCGCGUCAUCCUUCACCCAGUCAACACAUGGUUGUUCUCGUCUUAUCCUAUCCUUCGGUUUCCUUUUCUUGACCCCUUCCUACCCCUUGCCGGUGGUAGCUGAUCCUAUUCACGCCGGUAACCAGGCCGGAUGAUGCCGGAUGCAUCGUGAGGGCGACAUCGUGCAUUGAACAGUUUAGAUUGUGAUUGAUAAUUUAAUAUAGUAAAAGUGUCGAUUCGGGGAAUAGGGUACAUACCUGACGGUUUUCCUGAAUCUCCAAAUCGUGCUCGCAAAUUGGCUCGUAGCAGUUCAAUUGAACAGAAGAACAACAACAAAGCCAUUCUGUCGUGGGCCGUAGCUCCAUCUUGCUGAAACCAAAUUUCGCCGACAUUCCGGGCUGCUGAAAUUACAGGCAACAAAAAGUCUGUUAUCAUGGUGCGAUAACGCUCGCCAUUGACGGUCCGGCCUCAUUUAAAAAAAAAAAUAGGUUCCGAUGAUUCCACCGGCCUAUAAACCACAACAGUGCAUUUCUGUGGCUGCAACGGUAGUUAGAGAAUAUCUUCGGGUUGCUCAUCAGCCCAAAUACGGUAAUUUUAUUUAUUGACAUAUCCAUUCAGCCAAAAAUGUGCUUCAUCACUAAACAAAAUUCGACGUGAAAACAGCAGAUUUUCAUUGAGGUGUUCCAAAGCCCAUUGACUAAAAUUAAAGCGUAGACUGACUUAAACCCUUAAGUACUAUGCCCCAAAUAAAACACAUAUUUACUAUGCGUGGGUCCCAGUGACCCAUUUUUUUAACUUGAAAAUGAAACCACUUUUUAAAUAAAAAAAAAAUGUUUUUAAUGUCAAAAUAGUUUAUUCAUAUAGAUAUUUUAACAAUUAGUGCAAAAUUUAUUUAUUUAAACAUGGUUCACACAAAAUAUUGCAACAAGAAAAGCAUAUGGGUUUAUUGCACUUUUUGCAAAAAGCACUUGUUUUUCUAUCCUUCUUUGGGGGACAAAAGGCGCAUCUUUUUCUUUUGGACCUUGAUUGCUCUGGUAUAGGGGUUGGAUAAACAGUUAACGACGUUCUAAGUCUCAGCACAAUCGAUUCACGUAGCUGUCGGCGAAUAUGUUGGUUGUUCAUACGGAUUUCCAUAUAGUCCUUGCAAAGUGCCAUUCCAAGUUUCUUCAAAAAGGAAUACCUUUCAAUUUCAAUUCCCUUGGGAGAACAUUGGUAAAGUACCCGAGAAUUUACACCAGCUAUGUUAAGCAUUUGAAAAAAUAGUACCAUUGGCCAGCGUCUUGUUCUGCGGGAGGUUGAAAAAUGAACACAUUUUUGAUCCAAGGCGUCUACUCCAGAUUUUGUAUCAUUAUAAAACAAAAUUAUAUCAGGUUUGAGAGUGCUUUUAUCAAUUUUUGCGUCAUGAUGCAUGCUAGAUAUUAGAAUCACAGAUUUCCCCUUUUUAGGCACAUGACUUACCAAGGUAGUUUUGCUCUGGAAUCCAAAGAGGCUUGACGAUUCAGGUCGGCUUCGAAUUGCUUGAAAUUCAGGUGGUAUUUGUCUCUUUUUUUUUUUUCAUUGUGCCGACGUAAGUUAAGUUAUUCUUUAGGAGUUCAUUGACCAAUUCUACGAAGAGUACCAAUUAUCACCAGUGAUAUUUCGGUUUGAUUUUUUAGGCAAAGAAGUAAUUAGACGAAGGACUACUUGAGUUGGCUGCAAAAAAACAGAUUUUUGCACGGGCCCAUUAUCUCUACCAAGAUAUACUUCAGCAUUCCACAUAUAAUGUGUUUUACUAUCAGCCAGAAUUUGUAAUUUAAUGCCAUAUUUUGCUGGCUUAUUUGGCAUAUACAUGCGAAAGCCACAUCUACCUCUAAAUGCCACAAGCAUUUCGUCCACAGUCAAGAAUUCACCUAGUAUGUAGUUUGUUUUCGAUCUUUCGACAAACUCUUCAAAAAGAUCUUUAAUAGGCGCUAAUUUUGUCAUAGCUCGCCUUUCAGCCCUUGUGGUUUCAUCAUCAAAACGUAGAGUGGAUAGUAAAAAAUUAAAGCGUGCAAGAGUCAUAGUGCAAUUAAAAAUAUCUCUACCGGUGCCAUCUGUUGCCCACAUAGAUCGUAAGUUUUUUUUUAUUUGAUUUGAAGAUCCCCUGUAAAUACAACAAACCAAUAAAAGCCCUAAUUUCUUCGCUAGUUGUGGUAGAUAAAAAGGAUAGACGAUUUUUUGCAGAAACAGUAUAGUUGGCAGCCAUGAUUUUUAUUUUUUGAUUGGUAAAUUCAAUAAUUUUUUGAAUCAUAUUGUCUGUGAAAAGCAAAUUCCAUGCUUCCAAAACAUUUUUUUGUGGAUUUUGCCUUGCCUCUCCAGCCAAUCCAGGUAAUAUUUUUAUUAUAUUUUCCGAUGUUGUUCUGCUUCUUGUAGGCUCUUGUUUUGACCAAAUCGUCUUAUCUUUUCCAUGCCAUGAGCCCGAUCUCUUCUCUUUUUCCGAUGUGGAUAUACUUGGAGGGACUUCAAUAUUUUUCUUCAUCCUGGUCGAAGUCUGAGUCGUCUCCGGAGCUCCAUGAAAAUUCACUUUCUGUGUCAUGAUCGCUUAAAACCUCAUUAUCUUCUUCCUCUUGAUCACUUUGAUCAUUUGAAACUACAAUAUCAUUGAACUCUGAUGGAAGCAGUGCAGCUUGGGUUGUAAUGUCUUGGUCAUUCCAAAAAUUUUCAUCUUCAAAUAAGUCUUCUAUGUCUUUAUCAGUCAAAGCAUUAUUUUUUAAAGCCAUAUUUCUUUCUAAAAUUAAAAAAAAAAAAACAUAAAAAUUAAACAAAAAACAAAAAAAAUUAAAACUUACCAAACCAGAAAUUGUAAAGUAAUUACUAUGCGUGGGUCCCACAGACCCGUCGACACUAAUAACUCGAAAUUCGAUACGUCCACUUUAACAACAGAUUCACGACUGAGAAGUGUUUAAUGUUACUGGAGAUUACACAAGCGGAAACGCCAGUGGCGCGCGGCGUUGCCAAAAUCUGCAUGAAAACUUAUUUACAUGGGUUCCUAGGACCCACGCAUAGUACUUGAGGGUUAAUUCUUGAACGAGCUGGUGUUUGUUGUAUACGAUAGGCACAAAUGUUGAGAUCGGCGGCUAAUUGAUUGCUGACGGUCUUCAGUCACACAGUCCGCUACAGCCGCAAUAUUUUCCUCAUUACGAACUGGAUGUAAUUUUUUCGGUCGCCUGUCAUCAAGUAACGUAUACUGACUCUCGAAUUUGCGGAUGGUAUUCGCAAUAGUGGUCUGGAAAGGUCGAUGGUGCACGAAAAACAUUUCUCACAGAACGCUGAUUUUCGUAAUAAAGCUGCGCAGUUUGGAGAUGAUGUUGCGGUGUAAGUCGUUUCAUGAAAAAUUGUCAACCAAUACUGAAGGAUGACAAUAUGACACCAGUCACGAGGAAUGCGAAGAAAAAAAUAUAUGAAAUAAAAGGUCUAAAUGAGUCACCCAUUCAUUAUAUGCCGCGUCUUAUAAAAUUGUCGAAAUUACGACUACUUUGUGUUGGUGUUGUUUUUAGACGUUGUUCGGCAGAGAUUAAUAAUGAAUUCUGUUAACAAUCAACGGGAUAUAUUCAAAGAAUGGAUUUAUAGGACAUUCGACUCGAAAAAAAUUCGCAGAUAAAUUUUGUCCCUUACCUCGCAGGACACCCUAGAGGGGAAUUGUGCUUUAGAUGACAUUUUUGUUUUAAGGCAAAUAUUUGAAAAUCCUAAGCUAGCAUAUUAAAUCUAAUUGCAAUUUAAUCUAACUGUAGGUUUUGAAAACGUUUAUUUAACGACUAACAAAAAGAAUCCUGAUCCUAAAGAAAAUUCAAUGACUGGAAACAAAACGAAAACAUCAUCAUAUGCAUGGUGGAUAAGAUGACACACAACAGUUUAAGUUGACAGAUCCACAGUUGAACAUCUUAGCUAUUGAUGAAACGCCAGCACAAAGAUUAUGGCACCAUUGCUUACAUUCUUGGCAACAUUCUCAACGCUCUCCUGAUUUCGAUUUACUAUAUAAUUCGUAGCAUUAUCAGCGUCCUAUGUAAAACCUUCCUUGGAAUCGGAAUCAUUCUGAACGAUUGUUCGCUUUGCCUGAUCUUGAACUUUAACGCUCUUGCGAGUUUCUUUCUCUUGUUUGUUUGGGGCCCGGGCUUUAACCUCGUCCAUAUAAGAAGAAUUUGUCAGAAUAUGAGAGCCGGUUAUUUUUCUCUUCGUGCUUCUUGCUCGUCCCGUUUUCGGAAGUGGAGAAAUAUAAUUUAGCCUCUCCUGGGUGAUAGUGGAUCUAGUAAUGACUUGGCAAUCACGCUGAACCCGUAUAGGAUUCAUCGUAACGAGGAUUAUGAUCCAUCCAACCACGUAACCAUUAUCGUAGAUAGCUGCAAAGUUCCUGGCAGUGCAGCAUCAAAGUAUUCGGGUUUAUAGUUCUUUCUUGGGAUAAUCAUGGCAGGUGGAACAAAAUUUCCAGCAGCAUUGGCACAUACAGCGAUAUGCAGGCCUAGUUCCGCAAUUGUGAAAGCACCAACUUGUUUUUUUUCCUUUUGUGCAAAUAUUUUCGGUGGAUUUUGGGCGAUGUUAAGGCUCGUUUCGUCCAUGUUGUAAAUUUUUUUCGGUGUAAUAUCAUUAUCAGUUAUUAACCGUCCUAAAAGAUCGAAGAACUUCAUCACUUGGGGCUUAUUUAAAGUCAAAUCAUCUUCGUCAAAUCUAUCAGCUAAUCACAAUUUGAUGACAAAUUGAUAUGGCAAUUUUCUAAUAUCAGUGGUGAUAAAUCCAAAGACAUCCAUAGAUCAAAGAUAUCCAAAGAUCCAUUUCUGUUCAAAAUAUACUUUUUUGAAUCUCUGUUCAAAAAAGUAUAUGCUCCACUAAUUGUUUUUCUAUGGCUACAUUAAAAGUAGUCUUGAAACGACCGAGAUUUACAGGAAUAUUCGUGAAGUGACGACAAACUGUGACCUGCGGCACGUUGAAUGCCUUAGAGGCCUUUAGCCACCCCAUCUUGUUUUCUUUGACGCUUUCAAUGGCCUUCGCCAUAUUUUGCUUUGACCAACAAUGACGCAUAGACUUUCAUGGAUAGGCAUCAUGAAAAAUAAUUAGGAUUUUCAAAUAUCAUCGUAAAGAACAGCUGGGUAAGAUGACGUCGACUUCAGGUGACGUUACUAUGUCAUCUUACCCUUCGAGCUACAAAAUAUUAAUAGCCUUUGCGGCCUUCAAACUUUAUGGUUAUGUUCAGUAUUUAUAAAGUACAAUAAUCACAGCUCAUGUCAAAUAACUUGAAACACAAGAAAAAACUUACCUGAUGCAAAUUGUUCGGCGCAAACACUUUCCACACAACAGCCAAAAAACGCGAGCUGGCGGUGAUAGAAAUUUUGAGCGAUAACGCCAUCUGGGAGAGGUGUAGAUGACGUUUUACGGCUUGUGGCACGAAUAUUUAAAAGGUGUCAUCUUUAUCCGGUACGCCAUCCUAAGCACAAUUCCCAUAUGCGUGUCAUUUGGUGUUGGAAAUCUAGUUCGAAAAUAGGGUUUAUACCAAAAAAUAGUGAUAUUGUGUGCGUUUAAUCAGUUUUCAUUUGAACGAAUUUCACCAAAUCUGCCCUACAAGAUUUUUGUUACUCAAAGAAAAGCUAUGAGGAUAAACAUGAGAUCUAAAAAUUAUAUAUAGUCCCUAGUUAUGCCUAUGAAACUAUUAUUAAUAUAGAUGCAAGCAAAUUGGCAUUUUUAUUGACAAGUUUCUCUUGUACAGUGGAAAUAUUCUGAACCUAUAAUAUUGAAACUCAAAAAAUAGUCUUCUUGCCGAACUUGUCUUCACGUGUUCAAAUCCUCAGUGUCGCUAUGGUGUAAAGUAAAUUUUCGAAUAAAGUGUUACUUAACUCCCUUAAAGUGUGUUAAUUUACAAUUAGAAAAAUGGAAUUCCCUGACUUUGUGGUUAACGGAACUAUAAAAAUUAGAUAGGAAGACAUGCAUAUUUUCCUGUAUAAUUUUUAAUAUAUCUUUACCCUAUUCUGGUAUUAAUUUUACCUCAGUAAGAGGCAUGUAAGUUUUACUAUGUAAGAUAGUGAAAUAGUAUUUGUGUCGGGAUUUUAUCACUCAUUCCAGUUAUUCAGGACAUCCUAGGAUAAAAUGGUUUUAACGUAACAGGUUUUUCUUAUAGGAUCUAAAAAGUAGAAAGUUAGCCACAUGAAAAAAAAAGUAAAGUAAAUACUCGCAUAUUAAAAGGUAAAUACGGUAUAUAGAGUUAGUGUUUUUAAAGACAUGGGGACUGACAAUUAGCCUUUAGCAUUAAUAGAAACUGCAGUACUUAGUAUUUUAACUUUUGCCGUUGGCGGUAUUUAUUUUUAUUCAAAUCAAUUUAUUGUGAUAUUUUUCAGUAAGUACUAUCUUAUUUUCUAGAUAUCUUGAUCUGUUAUUUUUAUUUGUUUAUUUGUAAUGGUAUUCUAUAAUAUAUUUUUUUAAUUAAUAAAAGCAAUAUUUUUGUAAUUUUACAAAAAUAGCUUUCUAAAACUGUAAUACUACUUAAUAUAGUGCUACUAUUUAUAAUAUUUAAGUCGAUAUAGUGAGUUUUUACUACAAAAUAAAAGUGUUUGUGAAGUUGUACAUAAAUUAAUAUAAUACUACAUUUUUAAAUAAAUUUAUGUAGUUAGUUUAUAAGGUAACCAAGCACAAAUACACGUACGAAUAUAGGCGAAUAUACUAUUUUUAAAACAAGACUUUUAAGACAUAUACAUAUAUUUAUGUAUAGGUAACACUUCAACAAUCAUUUUCAUACAGUCUGACGCACAUAAAUUCAUUAGUACAGUGAAACUUCCCUGAAACGAAUUUCUAAGGGUUAGCAAAUAAAAUUCGAAAUAUAGAAUAAUACAAAUUUACUAAUUAUUAUUUAAAUUUAGGUAAUGAAGAAACACUAUGAAUGAAGUCACCUGAAAUUUUAGUUUAAAAAACUAGACCUACAUUAAUGUUUUUUUUAAAUAUUUUUUUUACCUUAAAUUGAAGCAUUUUUCUUUAUAUACGGAAUCUACUAUUAAAUCACAAAUUGUUCUAACAGGUGCGAAAGUCUGACAAAAAGACCACUCGAUUUUUGAGACCUCAAGUCUCUCGGAUGCCGAGAUCCUCGUGUUCUCAGAUAAACUGCAUGGUUGACAAGUAUUUUGGCCCGGGAAAAAAGGCAUGCAUGUUGACUAAUUGAUUUUAUUUGGGAUGCUCUGGUAUCUUAUAAUAGAAAAAAUCUCUACAUGGUGCCAGAUUUUUGGCCUAGAGGUAUAGUGAUUAUUUUCCUUUUUGCAAGAAAUCAGAAUGUCAAACCAAAAGUCCAGUAAGAAUAAAGAACUCUGAGGAAGCCUUUGUCAAUGACAAAAAUAUUGGUUAACGUACAUAUAGAAGGAUUUACAUUAAUGCCCUUCUUCUAGAAAGAAAGACACAAGCUGAGGUAGAGCUAUGUUUGUUAAAAACCAAUAUUCCUUAUAAAUUAAUUCCAAUUUUAAUUUAGCAUUGAAAUGGCUUUUGAAUAUUCUAAAGUUUUUAUUGAAAAAUGUGAUCUCUAUAUCUUGACUAUUUACAGAUCUCCCUCAGGAAGUUUUGACACCUUUUUAUCUGCAGAGGAUGUAGUAUUUAAUAGACUGAGCGUUUCCAGACAUGUUUCCAAACGUGUGGUUGCAAGAGACUUCGAUGUACACUUUUGGACUGCAACUAGAUAGGGGGUCAGCUUGGAAUAUAUAUCUUUAUAAGUCCUAGUAUUCAGGUACUCUCCUUAAUAGCUGUAAAACAAAAUAGAAUAAAACAGAUUGUAAUCAGGUCAAUAUAACAAUGAUGCUUGGAUCACUGCUGCGUUUAUACAGGGUGCGCCAAAGCAGUUUUAAUCUGUGACUAGAAAUAUAUCUUUCAACAUCCUUUUUUUCACUUAGAAGUAAUCGAAAGUAUUGCAUGACAUUUUAUUUAUGGAAAAUAAUUUAGCUUUAAUAACGUCCUUUACUGUGGACACAUUGUUCCAAACUGUUUGGCAAAUAGACCAUUAUGCGCUUUAGCAUACCCAGCAGAAUUGUGCUAAUUUCAUUGCAACUGUUUUCUUUCAACUCUUUAAUGGUCCUUGAUCUCGUUAAAUACACCUUAUUCUUAAGAUAACCCAUUGCCAAUAGUCACAAGCCGUGAGAUCGGGAGACCUCCCGGCCAAGGAACAUCUUCAUUCCGCGAAAUGACUGUUUUCGAAAACAGUCGAGCCAAUGAGGCUCGUGUUCAACAUUUCCACAUAACGUUGCGAAUUGACCAUGACGGGAUUGCCUGCGUCGUCCUCAAAAAAAUUGUUGCCAGUUAUACCGAAUCGCGACACUCCGCACCAAACAGUAACCUUGCGACUAUGAAGAUCGUUGGUGGAGUUCAUUAGGAUUCUGAACACCAGUAUCAAAAAUUCUGCUUAUUUACGUAUGCUGAUAACUCGAAAUGCGCCUCGUCGAACAUAAUUAAGCCAAGUUUGCAACCAUUCAAACGGUUUAAAAAGUCUUUAGCUGUCACUUCUUAAAUAUUUGCUAAUUUGUAAGGUGAAAUGUAAAUCCUAAUGCAAAAUACACCGUACUGUUUUAAAAAGUCUUAAAGCAAUCGCUUGUCGCCUAUGAAACUUUCGAUGAGGAUUUUGCUGAACCGCUGUUCGCACCCUCUCUAUAUUUGCUGGAGUCCGAACUACAAACCGAACGACAAAAAUGUUGAACCCAUAGCGUAACACUCAAUAUUGAAAAGCACUCAAAAUAGACGUUGUGUACUGACUACCGAAUCGUGACUUUUAAAAUACGCCUCGACAACGAAUGCGCGAUGUUGACUCGUCCACGGCUCCAUGAUUGCUGAAAUGAUCGUCUACCAAUAUUCUAUAUCAUAAAACAACUUUGUACUAUUCAUUAUAAAAACGCCAGGUUCUUUGGUGGACCCUGUAUAAGACUAUGCGAGAGCAUCUUAAUUUUCUGGAAGAAGUGAAAGGAAAAUGUGAAAAUGAACAUGACUAUCAUAGGAAUGAGUUAAAAUGAACUUUUGAAAACAAGAAUAGUAGGGUUAUUUUUGAUCUUAACGUAAAAAUAUUAAAAUCCAUCACAAAUGAAAUUGUUCAAUCACAAGAAAAAUAUGUUUUCUUUUCAUUUUGAAGAAGGCACUUAGUGUUCCUUUGUUUAAGAAAGAAGACUAAUAAGCCUGAGACCUGCCGGCCUAUAUCUUUAUUAAUAAUCGUGUCAAUCCUAGAAAAGUGGCUAGAUAAACAGAUUUUGGAUUUUUUGAGUUUGUCCAGUGAGAGUGUUCUCUGAACUUUCAUUGAAACUGAAAGUUCACUUCUAGUGUUAAUGUAGUUUUCGUAAGAAUCGAACUACUGUUCUUGGGAUUUUGGUUUGCGUUAUUUUUGGAGCUUUUCAGGGUUGUUAGUACGAAACAGUCUUUGAAAUCCUUGCAAAUAACACUACGAUGUCCAUCUGAGCUGAUACUUUGGAUGCUUCUUUGGAGGGACUUCUAAAGAAGCAAAGUCUUCUCUCUGCAAACUUCUAAAACGAGCAAAGAGUGUAGAGAGCUGUUUUUGCACUAACAAGAUUCUGAUAAAUGCAGAUAAAACACUUAAAAUAGUUUUUAUAUUGAGGAAGUUGAGGCAAGUAGAGUCUGUAGAUACAGAAUACAGGUUUCUGCGGGGUCACUCUGGAUCACGACUUUAAGGUCAGCUACUUAACAUCAACUCUAAAAUUUCAUAUAAUAUAACAAAUUAUAGAUUAAACAAUACAAUAUUAAAAUUUCUUAAAUUAACUAGAUUUAUUAAUAAAUUUUAUUUAACAAUAUUUUAAUUUUUUAGAUUAAUAAUUUUAGAUAUGUACUAAUUUUUCCUUCAUUGUCUUCCACAUGUAAAAAAACCUGCAAGUCUAUCAUUUUCAUAACUGUUAAUUUUCCUGGUAUCGGCCUAUUUGGAAAACAAGCUACAAACAAGUCUGAAAUUUCUCGGUAACUAUUGCCUUGGUAAUACUAUUUUAACCAUUUUGUUUUUUAUUAAAAAAAAUGUACUAGUACAAACUUGACCUCAAGAUUACGUCAAAAAUAUUUAAAAAAUUCCUUCUUUGUUUUUUCUAUUUUUUCUUAUUUUUUUGUGGUUCAUAUAUGGCACAUUAUGCAUUAAAACAACAUUUAAAACUAUAAAAAAUACCUUUAUUAUUUUAUAGUUAAAUUUAUUCAGUGUGAAACUUAUAAAAACAGUUCCUAUCUUUGUUUAAACAGAGAAAAACAUUACAUUUCUCGCAUUUUAUGAAGCUUUUUGCGCCACAGGGAUAUUUGCAUCUUUGCCUUUCAUUACACCAUAAUGGAAGAUGAUCAUAUCUAUCUGUUCUAACAUCUUGCAUUGGAAAAUCGGUUGCUGGAUCCCAUCUUUUCUUAUUUUGCAAAUUUUUUAUAGCUCCCCUUGGACGACCUCGCUUUCUAGUAGAACCGGCUUUAUUAACUUUGCACAAACACUCUGCAACUUCCAUUUUGAAAUCUGCCAGAGCUAAAUUAUGCUCAUUGCAACCUCUUCUCCAAAGAAUCCAUGCAUUGACAGUCAUUAGAUCAAUAUUAUGAAAGAACAUACUCAUGUACCAUUUCUUGGAUCUGAAUUUGAUCCUAUAGUAUAUUAACAUCGAAUCCAGGAGGUCGACACCUCCCAUAUACUGAUUGUAGAUCGUUACGGCUCUUGGACAUUUGAAAAUUGUUUCACCUUGACUGUUGGCAUACUUCCAGCAUAUGUUGAUAAAAGGUUGACUAAUUUGUUGUCAUACCAUGCAACAAGAGAUAUUUUGGUACCAUCAAUUGUGGCAACUUUCUCUACCAUAGCUCCUCGGCCGUUCUUUUUUAAUUCAGACUCUUUUGGCAUAUUAUUCUUUGGCACUCUAUUUAUUCUAACUAUUCCUAGUGGUAUUAGACCCUGUUUCGUAAGAUAAAUUUGCAAUGUAACGCUAUUGAACCAAUUAUCGAAAAAUAUCUUAUGAUUUAUAUGUCUGGGUACUGUUUGUGUUAGCCGCAGAACCACGUUUGAACUCAUCCCCAGAUCAGGAAAACCAUCGGGUAAAAUAUUGGUUUGACUUCCAGCAAAAAUUUCAUAAUCGUAGAAAAAUCCGCUGACUCCACUAAGAACAAACGCCUUAUGUCCCCAUUUGUGGGGGUUUUGCGGAUUAUAUUGUUUUAUGGACGAACGCACUUUUGUAGGAAUCAUCUGCUCAUCUAUAGCUAAAAAGUCCUUAGAAGCGGUCGGAUUUUGAAAAGUUUAUCAUGACCAGGAUUACAGGCAGCAAUAGCAUCGUUAUUGUUCGCGAAAUGUAAAAAACGUUUUAUUUCCUCCCUUCUGUUACACGACAUAACAUCUGAUAUGAAUUGGUGACUCAGGCUGGAGUUCCAUUAACUCCUAGCAUUUGGCAAUUGCACUAUUGACAUAUAAAUACAGGUUCCUAUGAACUGUUCUAGCUCAUUUUCAGUAAGAUCUAAAGGUUUUUGAGGUCUUUUUUCUACUGAAUAUAAUAUAAUUUGAUAAACUAUAUAUUGAUGAUUUCAUCUGUUCGAAAAAAUUUGAAAAAUGCGUAAGGGGAAUCUGCUUGCUGCAAUUCAGGUGGCAUGUUAGUAGAACUGAGAAAUUUUAUAUCUUUAUCUCAUGUUACCAAAUGACGGCGCAGGUUGGAUGAUUUUUACCUCUAUUCUUUACUCUAUUAGACUACGCCGUAAUUCGUUAAAGGAAAUAUCAUCUUCGCUGUCUGAAUCUGUUUCUGGGAUAAUUAUUUUUGAUUCAUUAUUUUCUAUUGUAUCGUCUUCAGCGUCUGACUCUGGGGCUAAUAUAAUAGGAGGAAUAUCAUCAUCUGAUAUCCUUCGCCUUCACUACUAUCAGGUAUAUCCAUAACCACAAGUGUUUUUGAGCCAUAGAAGUUUUUCGGAUCCAUUUUUCUAAAAUACCAGAAAAAAUAAAAUAAUACCUUGUUCAGAAAGCAUGUUGUGUCAUUUAUGUCCAUGACAGUUUUGCACAAAACUACAUAUUGUGGCAUAUAAGGUAAACGUUCCUAUUAUCGGCACCUUUAGCUUUUGCAAUGCCUUUGGGCAUCAUUUUAAUUCAUUUAGUAAAUACAAUAUUUGCCCAACCUAUAUUCUGAGUAUUUAUUUGGCUAGUAAAAUGUGUCAUAUUUUAGACGGACUGUUUAUUUUAACCUAAAAUUAACAUAUGCUACUCACAAAAGGAAAUAAAUAAGAAGCCUCCUCUGCCCAGAUUAUUGGCACACCUAAAUAAAAGCAUGCUCUAGUUUUCGGCAUAUAUAAGAUCCUUUUAUCGGCAUAGAAUAUUACUACUUAGGUAGCUAAGUAGUCAAUAAAUAAUAUUAUGUAGGUAGAAAACGAAAUUUGUUAAGAGUUCAUUUUCAAAUAUUAUAUUAAUAAUUAUAUUAAAUAUUAAAGCUAAAAUUAAAAUAAAAGCACCAUUUAUUUAAUUGCCAAAAAUUUAUUAAACAUAGGUAUCGAUUAAUUUCUGAUCACUGACAAAAGGGACACUGAAGUUCGUCUUUAUCACUCUCUGUUAAACCAAGACAAGCCUUAUGGUAGUAUUUCAGACAGAAAGUACACAGACGCAUGUCGAGCUGUUCGUCAGUAUCGCACAAUGUACAAUACCAAGAUUCUUCUAAAGGUUUAGAUGUUGAAGCUUCAGUGGUUAAAUGCCCAUUGACUGCAAUAUUUUCUUUUGUAGAAAACAGGUCCCUCUUAACAUUUUGUACUUUAUUUGUCUUCGGUUAGAAAUUCUUCUUGAAACCUUUUGUGGAACAGCAGUCUUAGUCUUAACCUUCUUCUUUUCGUUUCCCACUUCUUUCUUUUGGCUACGCUUUAUCUUUCUUUCUAGCUUUAGCUGUUCUUCUUGUUUCUUAUUUUCUUCUUUUUUUUUUGAUAAUAUUGUUGCCACUGAGAUGAAGUUGCUAGAGCAGGUAUCCUAUCCUUAACUGGUUUAGGCUUAGCACUGUUUUCCUUAGGUGUAGGCCAAAAUAAAAAUUUUUUGAAUGGAGUCGGAACAGAUUCAUCUAAAGCAACAUUUUGUUGCAAAGGCGACAUUUUUGUUUCUAAGUUCGAGUUUUUCUCACUUAUAGAAUCUGUUUUAUUGCUGGGCAUUGUCGUAAUUUGAUCAGAGCCAAUUUGUUGAAAGUUUUGUUUUACAGGAGAAGAAAUAUUAUGCCAAGAGUUUUCUACAUGUACGUCAUGUUGAGAUUCAUCGAAAGUAUUUGCAAUUGAAUGACCUAGAUGAAAAAGGGCCCAUCUUUGAAAAAGUGGAUUUUUCAGGAAAUGCAAAAAAUUGUAUUUCGGAUAAAGAAAGUAAAAAUGUAAUAUAUGAAAUUGACCUAUGUAUUUGUGACAUAUUUCAAAAUGUUUUUACACCAAAUUUUUUUCUGAAAAUAUAUGUCUACAGGAUAUACAGGGUUACAAAAAUUCUAAAAAUGGGCCCUUUUUCUUCCAAGUGAUAAUCUAUUGAAGAUUACAAAAGAACUACUAGAAAAUAAAAUGAAAAACAGGAAAUGAAAAAUAUUUAUUUGAAAAUCUAAUUACGUUUUUUUAUACAGAAAUAUGUUUUCCAUGAGCUAAGGGUCUUCCCGAUCAUCCUCGUGUGUACAUGUAGCACCUGACAAGGUAUCAUAAAAUGCGAUAGCAUUUUCAUCUUUCAAAAACUUGCAAAGCUCCUUGAUGUUUUGUAGUUUUAGGGCAUUUAUUGGUAUAUCACCAGAAUAAGCAAGCUUUUCGGGUAUAGGGACACGUUCAACGCCAGGUUUCAGAAGACGAAAUACAUCGGGACACACACCAUUCAAAGAAAAGCUGCCAAACAUGAAGUACUUUGAUUCAGCUUUAAAGUCAAAGAACUUGUAUUUGGUUAUUUGAAACUUUAACUUAUUUGUGGUGAAGGUUUUUUUAAAAAACGGUUCAGACAAUCCGGCUACAAAGUCCUUUACCAUAUUGCUUUUAAGCUCAACAACGGUAAAUUUGGUACUUAUGAUGCUGUUCCAAUUUGAAGGCGAUUCAACUACUUCCCUUUUUCUUUGCAUUUUUUCUAUAACAGCAAAAUGCCUGUCACAAGGCAGGAAACUGUGACCCCGUUGUGGAAAAAAAUGCUGAAAAUUUUUAAACUUUCAUUAAGUACCAAUGACUGCCAAAAUUUUAGCAUGUUUUGGUUAUGAUUCUGGCCCCUGCAACCGUCAGUAAAUAUAUAUAACUUUUUAACAGUGCUAGGUAGGAAUGCUUCUACGUAAUGGUUAAGUACAGAGAGAACUUCGUUACAGCCCCGCUUUGCAAUAUUUUCAGGCCAAGUAUACAUAAUGCUCUUUGCUUUUUUGCCAGAGUAAAUGGACAUACAGUACAACCAAAGUUGUCUUUUAUAAAAGACAUCACUAGUACACAUAUGUGGACAGGGAAUAUUUUGUUUAAAGUCGAAGCAGAGAACUUCUGUAUCUUCAUUUUCUUUAGCUUUCAUCAAAAAUUCUUGCAUCUUUGUGUAAAAUAGCUUUGCUUUUUUCUUAUGUAACUUAAGAUCUAUUUCAUAACCUCUUCUUAAUGCGCCAUUUUUUUCGCGGGAAAUUUUGGCCUCUAUUUCUGAACACGUAGUACAAACAUCUGAACGAGGGCGACCAAACGUGUAGUUGUAGUUGUCACGAAAAUACUGUAGAUAAAAAGAAUAUUUCACUUCACAUUUCAAUUUUUGGAAAUUCAGAUCAUUUUGUUUGGCGUCGAGUAGGACUUCUGGGUAAUGUUUUUCCAGAAACAUUUCAUACAUUUUCAAAACACUCAGCUGUGGUGACAGAUACCUUCUUCGCUCACCGCUUGGUCCAUAGUGCACAAUAUAAUAUGGAAAACUUUGUAUAUGUGCAUCAAUAUUUUGAACAACAAUACCAGAUAAUUUGUUUUUUCGGUUAGUGUGCUUGCCACGAUUAUCGGUUGGCACAGCGGCUAAAGUCUUGCCUGCUCCAAUAUUUCGCACCCUCUUGACUCCAAUUCCAUGCAAACUGGCAAAGCCUUCACGACAUACAGAUAACACCCUUUCACCGAUAUGCACUUUAUACGAAAAAUUAAACUUCUUCUUGAACACUCCCUUUCUUUUUAGGUUUACUGACGAUACUGUGAUAAGAGGUUGUAAGUGAACAUUCCGGGCCCCGUGAUCUCCAAUCUCAUUAAAAUUUUUCAAUAUACGAGCCAUCUCUUCUUUUGAUAAUGAUGUAAGACAUUUUCGUUUACAUCUACACAAAAAUAAGAUAUAUUUUAAACUAUAUACAACAUUCUUUACAAUCCUAACUUACCUGCAUUUUUGACCUGUUUGUCUAGCAGCUUUUCUUCCUGAUUUACCAAUUUACUCCUCCCCUUUUGCCUUUAACUUUUUAUUUUUGACACUUUUCCACUCUUCAAUUUUCCUCUUUCUUUUCAAUUUUAUAACACUUGCUUCCUCAUUUUCUAAGACAUCCAUGAUUAUAUGAAUCAAGAAACAAAAAUCCAAAAACCACACUGAUAUUUUAUUGUUAUUAUUAUGAUUUGAAGGUUAUGUUUACAAAUAUCAACACAAAUUAUGGGUAUUUAACUUGGCGAAAGAAAGGCCCAAAUGUAGCAGAUGGGCCCUUAUUCUUCUCAGCAGAGAAAAACAGCUGAUUCAAUCCGUUUUAGAGUACGUUUAGUGGGCCUUUCUUCUACUCGGUAUAUGCCAACUUUGACAAGGAAUCAGAAUUCAUAAAAAACGGGUUUUCGACAAACUGCACAGAUGGGCCCUUUUUCGUCUAGGCUAUUCAAUUAUGAUGGAAAUAUCUUCAGCAACACCUACUGGAAGAGAUGAAUUUGUACAGUCAAUUAUUUCUGUAACAUCAAUUUCAGUGUCUUCUUGAAGUUGAUUAUCCACUUGUGACUCGUCAUUCAUUAAUUUGUCAUUUUCAUUGACACCUGUAACAUCCAUUUUGUUGUAAAAUUCUGCCUCUGUAGAAGAAUCACCCGCGGCAAAGUCUUCUUGGAGUUCAUUUUCACCUUGUGCUUCAUCAACAAACUUUACUAUUGCAUUGGUAUGUUUAUUGGCUCCUUCGGUCUUCAUUUUCAUCCAGAGUGAAACAGGCUAGUAUGUUCUAUUGGUCCUGCCCAGACUGGCCCGGAAAGCUGAAAUAAUCUAAGGGUCUCUGGUGGAAUAUAUUGUUCCACGCUUCUUAAAGCUGCUUGUGAUUUUGUAGGCUGUUCAGGGUUUUCUCGAUGAUUUUGUGCUCCGGUUUCCGUUUUGAAAUAUUUGGAAAGUUUUAUAUUCUCAACAUUGAAGGGAACAAGCCCGCAGGUUCGAAACCCGUUUUUAAUUAUAUCUGGGAUAUUGGUCAUUUUUUGAAAAGUAGAUUCCAAAAUAGGCGCAAAUAAGUCUUUGGUAAUCUUUUGGCCUUGGUUUUCCAUUCUCCAUCGGUGUACGCUCUUUUUCCACUCAAGUUUCAACGGUCGGAGCACAGCCACGUCGAGUGGCUGCAAAAUAUGUGUUGCGUUGAGACAAAGAGCUAUUAGGAUGAUAUUAUUUUUACUGCAAAAUUCGCUAAGGGACAUCGUCAGGUGAGAUGUGUGUCCAUCCAAGAAUAAUAUAACGGGAAACUGGACUUUCUGAGCAACUAACCAAGGGUGAAAUAUAUUGGCGAUACUCAAAAAAGCUUUCACCAGUCAUUCACCCAUUUUCCGACUUGCCGAUACCCCAAUGUUUUGGAACUUUUUCGACAACUGAUUUGGGAAUUCUUUUGUAGUUGUAAACGAUCAUUAGCGAUAAAAUUUGAUCAGAGGCACUACAUGUCACCAAAGUCGUCAAGCAUUCUUUGUCAUUAUUGUUUAUAAAUGAGUAAACUGUUCUAUCCCCCUUUCGAACUAAAACUUUGUCUCCCUUCGGAGUGAGGAAGAAAGCCGUUUCAUCACAACUGAACACACGGCUGGGGUCAUAGGUAAUGUUAAGGUUUUUUGUGUCUUGUAAGUAGGCCCGUACUUCUAUGAACCACUGAGGAAUGCGAUUUUCUGUUAGAAUGUUUCUAGCAGAAGUGAGGUUUUGGGAAAUUCUUGCUGCCAGUUCUGGAUGCCUCUUUAGAAAUAGUUCAUACCAUUUCCGUCCAGGCCUACCGUCUGUGAAAUUAUUAGGCCUAUUCAGUUCUUUGAGUAAUAGUUGAACACUAUCUAACAAAUGCGUUUUUGUUGCUGGAAAUCCACAAGCUGCUAUCCGGAAUAAUCAUGCUACCAGUAAGUUUUCUUCAUCACUUGUUAGUAUAGUUCCUGGUCCACAUUUCUUAUCUAAAUUCGUUCUACCUUUUACUUUGUCCUGAAGGGUCGAUCUUGGUACCCGAUAUAACUUGCUAGCUGUUUUAAAAGGCAUUCCUGCCUGAAUGGCGCCAACAGCAUUCUUUAUAGCUUCGGUAGAAUAUUAAAUUCGUUUUUUCUUUUCCAUUGUUAUUAAAGUAAUUCGGAUCUAAAACAAACGUAUCCAAUUAUCGGCACUUAUAAUAAUAUAAUAUAACUUAUAUAAUAGUGUAUGUAUUAUCGGCAGAUAUAUUAUGCGUCAAAUAAGGCUAACUCUAGUACAAAAUAUAGAGUGCCGAAAAUUGGUGUGGAAUUUCUUUGUUUUAUACUGCAUUUAAAGAUCAAUCACUUCCCAUGGUAAGUUAAUAAUUCAACGUAAAAUCGACCUAAAUGCACUAUAAGGCACAUAACCAAUAUUAAAGGGGAUAAUUUGUAAUAAGUGCCGAAGAUAGGUACAUUUACCUUAUAUGGCAUAAACAAAAUAUAAGGAAAUACUUAAGAAUACUCAUAGGGUCACUUUCUUGAAGGCCUCACCUUUAUGUGGAUAUUUUUUUUGAAUGAAAUUAUUCAAUAGAAACUCCGAUGAUCGAAGAUCAAAUUUCACUAUGCUUAGAAGCACCUGGCAAUAAAACGGCCAUUUGCAAAAUUUCAUAAAACUUCAACUUGCUGUAUUGAGAUGGCGUCACAUGAACGGUUGAAUAUGAAUUUUGUGCUAUAAUUAAGUAUAUGAACAUUAUCAUGCAUAAAUACUUUGGAUUGAGGUUUGGUUUAUAAGGGUGUGGCUUAGGAACAGUAAUUGUGCCAUAUAUGACCCACUAUGCGGUAAGGGGUUAGUACUUUUUCUUCAGUAGUGUAACUCGUAGCUGAGUAUUUUUAGAUUUUUUUAAUGUAGAAUUUUAAUGCAGUGAACUUAUUACGACAAAUUAUGUGAUGUUCAUCACCAAUCAAGGUAAAAAAUUUUGGCUGGCAUACCUGUGAAUACUAGGCAAUAAAAAAAGACAUAUUUGGCCCUAUUAAAAAUUACAUGGAAUUUCCUAUGUCCCGCCUGGCGAUGCAACACCCUGUAUAAAAAAAAGUCUGUUGAUCAAAUUCUUAUUCUGAAUUCCUUAAUCGUAUUUUUUAUAUCAUUUUAGUGUGUAUUUAAAACAUGCGUUGCAUACAUUUUAUAAAAAUUUUAGUUUUAUAUUGGGAGUUUCAUUUUAGUGUUAAUAAGUAUCUAUAUAUUCUUUUUAUAUAUAACUUAAUUAAUUUAACGUGUGUAAAACUUCAAAUUAUAGAAAUAAUAAAAUUGUUAUAGUGUGGACGCGACAGAGAAUUGAAAUACAUAUUGAAUCAGAACUUUCGCAUGAGAAUUAGAGUAAUUUGUGAUAAAAGUUAAAGAACUAUUUGGGACCUUUUCUGUAGCUGACAAGAUUUUUUUUAGAUUCACGAUAGCGACAGUGGCGUUGUAGUGCAACAAAAAAAUCUGAAGUAUCCUUUACAUCGUAUGACAUUAUGGGACUCUAGUAAAACGCCUGAACGAUUUGAUUAUAUUCCCGGCACUUCUUUCUUGCUUCUUUUCGGAAACGCGAUUGUUUUUUUUUGUGAACGUUUUACCUUGUGAAUUUUUAUUUAAAAUUAAUACACGCACCCAAGAUCUGAGUCAGACCUGUAUAUGGGAAUUUAUAUGUUAAAAAUCAAAUCCAUACCCCAAUACAUUGGUGAGUAUUUUUUAGAGUAUUAGUUCUAUUUCUUGUCGAAUAUUUUCUUUGAGUUGACGUAUAGUUGCAGGAUUAUUACUUUUAACUAUAAAUCCCAUAAAAAAAUUGUCUAGAAUCAGGUCCAGAAGUCGCCAUAAUUGUUCUCGCUGGCAAACAAAUAUCGGCUCUGCGAGAAAUCAAUUGUACGGAAGAUUUCUCUUAACACUUAGUACUCUCGAUGAAAGUAUGGCAGGUGGCUCCAUCCUGCUGAAAUAUUGUUUAGUUUAUAGUCCAGCGAGAUUUGAAGAUCUGAGGCAAACAAUUAAUAACAUGACUGUGUAGCGUUUCGAAUUUACAGUAAUGAAUAAUCCAGUAAUUUGCAAUUGCGGCCUGAACAGUAGCCUUGGAAAAAUAAAGUCUGGGAAGAAGAAUCAUGCGUUCUCGGAUUCAGCACGUACCGAUUCAGUCGCCUGUUGAAUACGAUAGUGCUAUUCGCAUUACUCCCACUACACCCAUUUUCUUAGAAUGUGAAAAAAUUAUAAUUGUUUUCUCAUCCUGUAGGCUUUCGAGUUAGAGUUAGAAAAUUUUACAUGAACUGGACCAAAAAAAUUAUUUUUUUACAUAAAAUAUUAGAUUUUGGGAAGUUUCACUGUACUUUCGAGGUGAUUGAUCAGAUCGGCCUGGUACUUAAUCAUGGGUCGGCAAAAAGAAUUACAUGUCUAGGAUACUAAAAAUGAACAAAAAAUCCAUUAUUUUACUGGUUUAAAUUAAAGCAUUUAAAUUGUUAAAGACUCGUAUUGGCGUUUUUGCUAAUUAAUUCUCACAACAUUUUACAGCGUAUAAAUUUUUUUAUUAGUAAACUUUAAACGAUAACAUAGCCUACGCGAAAAUAUCUUACGUACUUACAUGGGAUUUAAAUUUGUUAUCUACAAUUUUUAAUUUCUACAUGGUAGAUUUCAGUCUGAAAUAAUGAAAAGAAUGUUUACAGUACCCUUCAAAUGAUCUUUUUCGACUAGCCCAAAAUUAAGCGUUGUUUUUGUAUAACCUUGUAUUAAUAAAUAAAAUAAGUAAGUUUUGUACUAUUAAACUUGUAUUCGUUAAAUUAGAAACUAAUGCAAUAAUCAUUAGGAAAUAAUGAUAAAAUCAUUUUUAAGUCUUGUCUGCAUUAAUUAAACAAAAAUGACAUUCCUUUUGUUUGUAAAUUAUUGAAUUAUAUUUUAUAUCUAAGGUAACCAUGACCACUAAAUUUUCAUCCUCUUGCCUCAAAUUUGUUUGUUGCCAAUCCUUUUUAACUCAAUUCCAUUGUUUUUCUUAAGCGAUAGUAAAAAGUUCCAAUAAUUUUAAAUGCUGAUCUCAAAUAAUUGAUCGUGCACAAUGCAUAUACAGCCUUUAGAACAAUUAGUCUAUUACAAUAUCCCUGUAUUUAUGCCAGUUGACCAUUAUGUGGAAUUUUUUAAUUGAAGCAUAUUAGUUAGCAAAUUUAAUAUCGUUUUUACUUUUAGCAAGCUCAUUUAGCAAAUCCUGAUUUUUUUGUGCAAAUAAAAUUAUAAAAUAUC